UUCAUUUUUACUCUGGUAAACAGCUGACCAUACUGCUGAUUGAUAUUUAUAUAAAACAGCUUUUACUUAUUUAGUGGUUGAUAAUUCCAGUUUUCUUCGGAUAUGACAAAGUGAUUUUUCACGAACAUUGUCGCAUUUAAAUAUUCACGCGUGCUGACAAACCACCCGAAGACCAUCCAAAGGAUUUCCCAAUUUCUUUACAGACAGCAAGGUUCCAGUCCAUUGUUUGAAAAGUUGCAAUCUACUUAUUUGGAUGUUUCUCUGUUGCACAUUUCGUUCACUUAUGUAAUGGGUAGAGUGCUGUCGCAUGAUGAGUAGCAUAAUUAGUUACCAUACAAAAUCCGUCAAUAAGGAUGACGGACCUUUACUAGUUAGAGCGACUCCAUUAACUGAAUGGCCCUCCGGAUAGCAAAGGUUGACAUACAUCAAGGGCCCCCCGUCUUUGGAUGGUCUUUUUGUUGUUUGUGCUGUCAGGGCAGAUUUUGUAAUAGCAUUUAAGACUAAGUACCGACAAGAAAAUUCACGCGAUUUACUUGUACGUAACCGAAAAAUGUGCAACAAUAACCAUGCCGUUCUUACAACCGACGUCUGACCACCACCGUAUGAAUAAUAAGCCCCGAAUGGCGAGCGGGGGUACCUCUUGCACCCUCAAGGGUAAACAUUGCUGCGAAGGGACGAACGUCGAAGCUGAACCGUUUGCGGAGAAACUGAGCAACAAGUUCCGGCAGCUGGAAUCGUCCGUCGGGCAGUUUUCGAAGCUGAUCAAAUCGAAAUUCACCUCGCCGGAUAUGGGGUAUAGUAGCGGUUGUGAUAAGGACGCGAGCCCUAUCGAUGGUAAUGACGAUGAGGAAGGUGAAGAAGAAGAAGAGGAAGUAGUCUUCGACGGAUACUCGUGGCCAUACGACGCAAAUGAUCUCGCCCAAGACAAGGGCCAAAUGUUAUUAGAUGCAAUAGAGCGUAGCGGCCGCAAGAGCAAUAAUAACAAUUUCCCGCCGCAACGCGCCGACGAGAGUGAUAAUAAUAAAUGUGAUAAUUCUAAGAGCGCAAGUGAUAACUCUUUUAGUUUGUUAAGACGUAAUAAUGAUAAUUUUAACGGGUGGCAGUAUCGUCAUCCGAAGACCCUCGGGGCGAAGAAAAAACUGACGUUCGCCGACGACGAGGAGUGUCAGUCGGUGCAAAAUACGUCGAAACCGAUCGAUAUUCCCCAAAAGGAUUGUCAGCAGGCGAAAGUGGAAGCGGGAAGGGUGUCGGGGUUGUUCAAUGCCAGAACGGGGUUGCCGUUCAACAGUAGUCCCGCCCCCAUUAGGAAGGGGAAGACCGUGUUCGAUUUCGAACCAACCAGUCCCCCCGUUAAAAGUCCGUUACUAUCCACGAGCCUGUCAACAGACGAAGAAAGCGAAAGCGACGGCAUAGUGUCGCCCUGCAGUCCCGAAAUCAUUUCCGUUCCAAGGACCGACCUUUCGUUGCCGUCUUUCCGUCGUAGGGGCCAACACACCUCUCUACUAGGUACAUUUGAGGAGUCAUUAUUAAACGACCGACUGCCCCCGGUGUCAAAAGUGGACGGAUUCACCGCGGAAUUAGGCGCGAGCGGCUCUUUCGUACCGAAACACCUUUUUGUGCCAGUUACUGCCUUUUUUUACUCGUUCGGCGAUCCCGAGCGCGUCACCACACCAUAUAUGGGUCACAUCGGAUUGGGCCGUAAGGGUUACAACGUGCCGAAAAUCGGAACGGUCCAGGUCACCCUGUUCAAUCCGUUGGGAACAGUUGUGAAAAUGUUCGUUUUGUCGUACGAUCUCUGUGAUAUGCCGCCAAAUUCGAAAACGUUCAUUCGACAACGCGUUCUCUACAUGCCGACCGAUUACAAUCACGAGAAACUCGUACUCCUUCCGAAAUGGCUGCGAUAUUUGAUUCAUAUCAAGUUUAUGACUUCUAAAUCGGGCAAGAUUUACCUGCACAGCGACAUUAAAAUGAUCGUGAUGCGAAAAUCGGACAUGGACACCGCCACUGCCCACCAAAUCGAUAUCAAUUACGAAUUACGUAGUUUUAUUGUUAUGCCGACGAACCCGAGGUAUUCGCCCAGAAAAUAAGGGAAUUCUCGUUUUGUUUCUAUGACUGUUAACGUUAUUAAUUAUCGUUAGUUCUGUUUUGUCUGAAACGUCGAAUUUUGUUGGUUGGACAGUUAACAGUUGUUUGAAGAAAUUUUUUGUAUAAAAUUGUUAAAAAAAAAUUAUUUGGUGUUCGUAAGUUCUCGGGGGACGUAUAGUAGAGUAGCUGAGGUAGAGUUGUGCGAGUGAUUUCUCUAAUAAGCAUCUAAAACCGCCUUUGUUCACGAAUAAUAAUAUUUAUAGAUAAUUAUAUUUAUGCUCUUCUGUUUUUUUUUUUUGUUUUUUUACUUAUAUUAAGAAAAAUAUAUACGGUUAAUUUUUAAAA